GUUGGGCCAGUGGUUCGGUUUCCCUUUUCCUGCAAAUUCUUAUUUUUGUGUGAUCAUGUUGACUGUAUAAAAUAUUCUGUUGUUAUUAGCCAUCCAGUGUUUCGAACAGUCGGCAUAUUACACAUCCCUUCCCCUUCUUUCCUUUCCGCGUAUAUAAGACCAGACUCACUGAUCAUUUCUCUAAAUUAAACCCGCAAACCUGAAAGCUGUCAAUUCUCUCCCAAUCCCUCCUCUCUGAGACGCCAUGACUGAUCUUCAAGCUUGCUCCUUAAACGUCCGUAAGAUCAUAUCAUCUGUCUUGUUUCUUCUUUUUUACCCUACUAUAGUCUCUUGUGAGUGUACAUGCGAGGUUGAAGAUUUAAAGCAUGAUAAAGGUGAAGCUCUAAAGUAUAAGCUAGGUUCAAUACUCUCAAUUCUUGUUGCUGGUGCUAUUGGUGUUGGCCUCCCUCUGUUAGGCAAGAAAAUAAAAGCCUUGAGCCCUGAAAAUGAUAUUUUCUUCAUGAUCAAGGCAUUUGCAGCUGGUGUUAUCCUGGCAACCGGAUUCAUUCACAUACUACCGGACGCGUUUGAUAGCCUAACCUCACCAUGCCUUGCCCAGAAUCCAUGGGGGGACUUUCCAUUCACAGGUUUUGUUGCCAUGAUGACUGCAAUAGGGACACUAAUGGUGGAUACAUAUGCAACGGGAUUUUACAAGAGGAUGCAUUUUAACAAGAGCAAACCGGUAAAUACUACAGAUGAAGAGACAGCUGGAGCGCAUGAAGGUCAUGUACAUGUUCAUACUCAUGCUACACAUGGUCAUGCCCAUGGUUCUGCCUCCCCAGAGGAAGAUUUGGCCCUGUCCGAAUUGAUUCGUAGGAGAAUUAUAUCCCAAGUAUUGGAGCUAGGGAUUGUAGUUCAUUCAAUAAUUAUUGGAAUAUCUCUGGGUGCUUCUGAGAGUCCAAAAACAAUAAAGCCUCUCAUGGUAGCCUUGUCUUUCCACCAGUUUUUUGAGGGCAUGGGACUUGGUGGCUGCAUCACACUGGCACAGUUCAAAUCUACAUCUAUGGCAAUAAUGGCAACAUUUUUCUCCCUGACAACCCCAGUGGGGAUUGCCGUCGGUAUUGGAAUCUCUAGCAUUUACAAUGAGAACAGCCCAACUGCUCAAGUAAUUGAGGGCAUUUUAAACGCAGCUUCAGCAGGGAUUUUAAUAUACAUGGCACUUGUUGACCUGUUAGCAGCAGACUUCAUGAGUCCAAGGAUGCAAAGCAAUCUCCGGAUUCAACUGGGAGCAAACGUUUCGCUUCUUCUAGGGGCUGGUUGUAUGUCUUUCCUGGCCAAAUGGGCUUGAAAUUUUCAGAUCUACAUGAGCACAAGCCUUUGUUUUUUCCCCAACUCCUCUUUCCUUUGUUUUUUAUGGUGUAUAUUUUUUCUUAAUUUGGAAGCAGCAAAAAACAACGACCUACCAUUUCAUAUUCGGAGGCAUUGUUUUUUUUAAUUAGCUGAGUACACUGGCAAAGAUACCCAGCAAAAUGACGACAUGCGUAGGUCUACAUAUGUUAGAAUUUCCAUUUCAGUGAAAGCAAUUCAUAAACAACAAGACCGCAUCUCAAUUCUCCACCCUCAACGCCAGAAGUGGAGUGUCGAAUCAAGCUUUCGAGGUUAAAAAAUCUUCAGAGCCCUGCAUGACAGCAUUUUGUUUCCCCUCUAUAUAUAGUAUUUAAAGAAGAUGAAGAGAACCUUUCUUUAAAGGCAUUUUAUUUUAGCUGC